AUGGACAUGACUGUAAAGCAGCAGCUGCUGGAAACGUUGCAGGAUUUGGGAGAUGAAGAGCUGAAACACCUGCAAAAUGCUGAGUUAGUGGACGGUUUCACAGCCAUCAAAAAGUACCGUCUGGAGAAGGUGGACAGACUGAAAACAAUGGAUUUGAUGGUUGGAUUCCUAAGCUCCCAGUCCUCUAGUCUGAGAGAGCUGGACCUGAGUAACAACAAACUGCAGGAUUCAGGAGUGAAGCUGCUGUCUGCUGGACUGGAGAGUCCACACUGUACACUGGAAACUCUCAGUGUGUCAGGCUGUCAGAUCACAGAGGAAGGCUGUGCUUCUCUGGUCUCAGCUCUGAGAUCCAACCCCUCCUAUCUGAGAGAGCUGGACCUGAGCUACAUUCAUCCAGGAGACACAGGAGUGAAGCUGCUGUCUGCUGGACUGGAGGAUCCACACUGGAGACUGGACACUCUCAGGUUGGAGUCUGGUGGAGUCCGAUGGUUGAGACCAGGUCUGAGGAAGUAUUUCUGUGAACUCACACUCGACACAAACACAAUAAACAGAAACCUCAGACUGUCGGACAACAACAGGAGGGUGACAUAUGUGAGAAAGGAUCUGGCAUAUCCUGAUCAUCCAGACAGAUUUACCUACUGGUCUCAGCUGCUGCGUGGAACUGGUCUGACUGGUCGCUGUUACUGGGAGGUGGAGCGGAGCGGAGGGUUUGAUAUAUCAGUCAGUUACAGAGGAGUCAGGAGAGGAUGCAGUAAAGACUGCAGGUUUGGAGAGAAUGAUCAGUCCUGGAGUCUGGACUGCUCUGAUGAUGAUGGUCGUUACUCUGUCAGGCACAAUAACAGAGUAACAUCCAUCAUCUCCUCCUCUUCCUCUUCGUCCUCGUCCUCUGUCUCUCACAGAGUAGCAGUGUAUGUGGACUGUCCUGCCGAUGCUCUGUCCUUCUACAGAGUCUCCUCUGACACAUUGAUCCACCUCCGCACCUUCAACACCACAUUCGCAGAACCUCUUUACCCCGGGUUUGGGUUCUUGCUGUUUGACUCCUCAGUGUCUCUGUGUUCAGUGUAG